CCUUAACGGAGGGGAUGCGAAGAUCACUAUAAAAUCACGGUUAACUUACAUAUUGAUACAGUUGCAUUUAGUUAGCGUCUUAUUUCAAGAAUGCAUCAUUUAGUGGUGAUCUCUUCGCUGAUUGCUUUAGCUUCGGCCCGUCCAGAUGUAUCGCACAUCCCGUCUGGUAGUUACUUGCCAACGGGCGGAAUUACUGUCGGUGGUUACGAAUCUUCUGGGAGCCACAUCUCUGGUAUCGGUGGAAUUGGCGGCAUAGGCGGAAUUGGCGGCAUAGGCGGAAUUGGUGGCAUAGGCGGAAUCGGCGGCAUUGGUGGUAUCGGCGGUUUCCAACAGGAUCAAAAACAUGUUUACUUUUACGCCGCCCCUGAUGAGGAGCAGUACUCUCGCCUACGUAUCAACAUCGCACCCAACUCGCAAAGAAACACCAAAAUCAUCUUCGUUAAGGCACCAAGCUACGGUGGUGUCGUUCCAGAAGUUAUCGCCCCACCUUCAUUGUCUGAAGAUAAGACCUUGGUCUACGUUUUGGUCAAAAAGCCGGAACACGGCGGACAAAUCACAAUCCCCGCCGGUGUCGGAGUUAAGCAAACCAAACCCGAAGUUUACUUCAUCAAAUACAAGUCUCAACACGACGCCGAAGCCGCAAUUCGAGGUGGUCUUAAUGGACAAAUCGUUGGCUCGUCCGUUUCCGAUGUCGGCAGCGAAUCAAGCUUCGUUAGAACUUUGGAUUCUGGUUCUCGCGGUCAUGGGGGCGUUAUCGGUGGAGAUUUCGGAAUAGGAGGCUCGCACGGAAUCAGCGGAGGUGAUCACGGUGUAACCAUCGGCACUGGUGGUGGACUAGUCAGCGGCAGUGGAAGAUAUGGCCCACCCGGUGUCAGCGGUCCAUAUUAAAUAUCAACCAAAUAUUUACAAUACCAAGAUUUCGGAAUGAGUUGAUUUACAAUGUAAAUCAAUCGAUGCCCAUUAUUUUGACUUAUGCUUGGUAUAUGGUUGUGCGUAACACUGUAACAUAA